CGUCGCCUGUAUGCAAACAAAACCGACCCAAGAUUGCAAGAGCGGUGUUUUGGUGUGUCAGAUCUUGUUCCAUUGGUGGAGUCGAUCACCUCAGGCCGUCUCUAUCGCCUGAUUCAUCAAGUGAGCAGGCUGCAAUGCUAGUGGCUGUAAAACCGAGCAGGAACAUUGCAGAGGGUGUGGGUGGGUGUGUGUUUGGCUGCCUGUGUAGGAGGGAGGGGGACGAAUUACCAACAAAAUACAAAAACCCGGCCAACACUUCCUGCCAAUAAGUCCCUUUGCAGCACUCCCCGCCCCCCCCCCAACUCGUUGCUGCUUUAAACCAAAUAGCUCAAUGUCCCCAGCACCGCUACAAAUGGCUAAAGGAGCACCUCUUUAAUUUUGUGCUGCCUUCAAACAGUGUGUGUGUCGUUCUGAAGCAGGUCUCCCCGACCCCUCGGCUGCGACCACACGGUUUUUUUAAAUUAUUGUGACCAGUCAAGGGUUUAGACUUCCUCGGAAGAGGGUUCUUGUUCUGUGCUGAAGUCAGCAGCAGCUCCAAACCGCUGUGUAAAGUCCUACUAUCUCAGAAGAACAUGUCCAGUCUCCAGCGCCACAUCAGAUUGAAUAGACUGUCCUGUUUAUGCUGAUAAACCGACAGCCUUCAAGAGACGCAGACCAUGAAUUACGUUGGGCAACUGGCUGGGCAGGUGUUUGUCACCGUGAAAGAGCUUUACAAGGGAUUGAAUCCUGCAACUCUAUCGGGGUGUAUUGAUAUCAUUGUAGUCCAACAGCCAGAUGGAAGUCUUCAGUGCUCUCCAUUCCAUGUUCGCUUUGGAAAACUCGGUGUGCUCCGCUCCAGAGAAAAAGUGGUGGAUAUAGAAAUCAAUGGAGAACCUGUGCAAUUACAGAUGAAACUUGGAGACAAUGGCGAAGCAUUUUUUGUUCAAGAAACAACAGAUAAAAAGGCAAAUGUUCCUUUACACUUGAAUACCUCGCCUAUCCUUGGAUCAGAAGGUGCUGCACUAAAAGAAGGAACAACAGGGAGACACAGAGAUUCGACUGGAUCCUCCCAUACAUCAGUACCAAUUCAUGUUACACAGGCUGCUCCAGAGAACCAACUCAGUAACAGCUCUGCAAAGAAAAGAAGGAAAAGGAGGCGCAAAUCGAGAGUGGACAAUGUAAAACGAGAUGAUAACAGCGAUACUUCGGAGAAUGAAGAUAUGUUUCCUAUUGAAAUCAGCUCUGAAGAAGAGAUUGAAUUCCCUGAAACUGUAAGGAACUCCACAAAUACGUGCAGUGACAAGAAUCUUCAGAUCAGUGCCUUGACCAGCUUCACUCAGUCUUCAGCGCAUCCACUUUCUGACAGCGAAUGCUCCUCCAGACCUGGUGCUGCAAGAUCCCGUCCUCUGACACCUAACAGUGAUUCUGAAUUGGUUAGCAAGCCGUCUGAAAGAGGGAUGAAUAGAAUAAACACAGAAAUGCACUGGGCAUGGGGUGAACUACCUCAAACUGGCAAGCUUGUAACUCAUCAGAAAACAGAAGAACAUAACUGGGUUAACAUCACUCCAUCUGGAAACACUCACUUCCGAGCUAUUGAGAGUGCCCCUUAUGUAAACACUCACGGCAGUUCACCUUCUCCACCUCCACUAGUGAAACCUGAGCCUCUAGCAGUAAAAGAGAUUACGUCUCAGUCAACGGAUGAUUUUUCAUGUAGUUCAGAAAUCUUUGAACCCUCGAGAGCUCUGGUGGUGCCAGAAAAUGGGGAGUCAGUUCACACUGGCAACCAGAUGAAGGAAAUCAUCAAAACUGAUUCCCCGUCAAAGAAGAAAGGUAAACGCAGUCGUCACCUGGGCACAGAUGGUGUUUACCUGGAUGAUAUCACGGAGAUGAAUCCUGAGAUCGCAGCACUUUAUUUUCCAAAAUGUGAAAAUGACACAGCUAGUAGGAAUGAGUCUGAAAACGGAGUACAUUCGGAAAACCAGUCCCCACAGACUGUAGGCAGCUCUGGAAUGGACAGUGGAGUUGACAGUUUCUCUGAUAGUACUGGGGAUCUACCAACCAUUGCUAUUUCACUCUGUGGUGGGCUUAAUGACUACAAAGAAAUAACAAAAGAACAAUUUUUACAGCGUUCCGUCACGUAUCAACAGUUUGCGGAGAAUCCAGGAAUGAUUGAUGAUCCCAAUCUGGUUGUGAAGAUAGGAAGCAAGUACUAUAACUGGCCAACAGCUGCUCCUAUGCUUCUAGCUGUGCAAACAUUCCAGAAACCAUUGCCAAAGGUUACGGUGGAAAAUCUGAUUAAGGAAAAGAUGCCGAAGAAAGGAGGCAGAUGGUGGUUUUCAUGGCGUGGGAGGAACACCAAAGUGAAAGUGGAGCCAGAAAUUGAGCAGACUGGAAGCGAGCAGGAUACAAGACCACAAUCUGCACUUCCUGGAAGCAGGUUAAAAGAUGAAUCAUCAUCCAGCGAUGAAGAUGUGAAAAUGAUCAACCAAAAUUCCAGCGCAUGCCAGCAAGAUCACAACUUGUCAUCUCUGUCGUACGUUUCAUAUGUGAAAUCCCUUCGGCUCGGUUCUGAACAGCUUAAAAGCCUCCAGCUAAAGGAAGGUCCAAAUGAUGUUGUAUUUAGUGUCACAACACAAUACCAGGGCACAUGUCGUUGUGAAGGUACUAUCUACCUCUGGAACUGGAAUGAUAAAAUAGUUAUUUCUGAUAUUGAUGGAACAAUUACAAGAUCUGAUGCCUUGGGUCACAUUUUGCCUACACUUGGUAAGGAUUGGACACAUCAAGGAAUAGCAAAACUGUAUCACAAAGUUAGCCAAAAUGGGUAUAAGUUUCUGUAUUGCUCAGCACGUGCUAUCGGGAUGGCUGAUAUGACUCGUGGAUAUUUGCACUGGGUUAAUGAAAAGGGAACGGUGUUGCCAAAAGGCCCUUUGUUACUUUGUCCCAGCAGUGUGUUUUCUGCAUUACACAGAGAGGUAAUUGAGAAGAAGCCAGAGAAGUUUAAGAUCCAGUGCCUAACGGACAUCAGGAACCUCUUUUACCCGAAUAAAGAGCCUUUCUAUGCAGCUUUUGGAAACCGAUCUAAUGAUGUUUACUCUUACAAACAAGUUGGUGUCCCAAUAAAUAGAAUUUUUACAGUCAAUCCUAAAGGUGAACUAAUACAGGAGCAUGCAAAGACCAAUGUAUCAUCUUACGUAAGGCUGAGUGAAAUAGUUGACCAUGUGUUCCCUCUGCUAAAGAGAGAGCAUUCCUCUGACUUCCCUUGCUCUGAUACCUACAGCCAAUUCACAUUCUGGAGAGAACAGCUGCCAACUGUGGAAAACCUCAAAGCUUCCCAGGAUUAAAAACUUGAUGCACGUUGUGAAAUGGUUUUUAUUCAUUUUAAGUGCUAGCAGCCAUUGCUUGCAUUGAGAAGCUGAAAGUAAUGUAGUAGGAAAGCUGCUAUCCGUUCUUUGAACCUUUUUACUUUUAUGGACUGUCCUUCUGUAAGGAUAUUAUUACAGGUUAAGAAUGAAGUCACUUGAUAGAAGUAUGUUAAGCACCAGGUUUCAUAAGAAACAACAUUUCAUUGUCAAUAUUUUCUGUGUAAUAUGUUCCAAGUUGAUACCACAAUUACUUUUUUUAAGAUCACAAUCUACACUUAAGCACUCCUUUUGUGGUCUUCAAAAGUAUUCACCAAUUUUUCCUCAAAUGUAGAAUUAUUAUUUAGUGUGCACUUUUGAUUAGUUUUAAGUCCACAUUCUUUAGAUGCAGCUUGUCAUGCCCCAGUAAACACUGCAGCUUCAAAGGCUAAACUUGUUUAAAUUAUUGUCUUCACCAGCUGUUGUCCUCCCACACACUUCCACUGUCUUUUUAAUCCCUUUCAUGAAGACAAUGUCUUCUGCUGGGCUGCAUUUCUCUGGCUGCCAGCCGCUAAUUGGAUUCAGACACAUCAUCCCUGCCAUUGCACCUCAGCAGGGCUAAAGGUGGUUGACUGAGUGGGGAAAAAAACCUCAAUGCUUUUCUUUCCAUAACUGAAGGGCACCAAAGCUGAUUGACAUGCGCACAGUUUUGCACACUAAGCUAUCAAGGGACUACAGAUGAAAUAUUAACAUUGUAAAACAAUCAUUGGAUUGAGGCAUUACUGUGAGGACUGUUUUUAUGUAUUUUAAUUUGAGUCAAAUUAUUGCAUUGACUUUUAAUUUUCUGAGGAAUCUAACUUCUUGCUGUUAAAAAAUUUUAAAAUAUUUUUCUCAGACUUUUUUUUUAAUAGCUAGUUAGAGUACACAGGUCUGUAUUGUCAAUGCAAAACAGCAGUUACUGGAAAUCCUGACCCAAAAAAAACAGACAAUCUGGAAUGGUCUAGCAGGUCAAGCAGGAGUUGAGAGAGGAACAGGGUUAACAUUUCAGCUAGAUGAACUUUUAAAAUCCAACUCCCAUUUGACACAUUUUUGUGCUGUCACUCCUCAGAUGCUGUCAGAGCAGCUGAGUGUUUUCAGCACUUUGUUUUCACAGCUCAGUGUUAUGCCUUUUCAUGUAAUGCUGCAGAUGGUAUUCAUAUUGGUGCAGUUGGAUUGCAGACUUGUUACAGGCUACAAUUCAAUAUUGCUGCCUUACACCAGCAAUAGUAAUCUCUGGUUUCUGCCAAGAGCUGCAAUGUAGCAUUUAAUUGGAGGGUGAACUGAAUUAAGUUUCUCUAACCAUCUGGGUUCAGUACUUAUCCAACAAUCAAAGGGUUUUUUUACAUGUCUGGAAAUGGCUUCAACUGUGUGUGCAAGGGCAUGUUUUAAGAAAUUGUUUUCUAAAGAAAGGAAAAUCUUGUACAUUUGAGUUCAUUGCCUAAUGAGUGAGUCUCUUCUACUUGUAGUAUUUCCACAAAAAAAUUUAAUUUUGAAGACAUUACUAACUUGUCUGGGGAAGGGAGAUGUAAAAUUUAAUUAACAAAAAAAAACCUGUGGAAAGCACAAGUACCAUGCGUCCAUAGUGGAAUCCAUAGUGUUUUCUUUUAUUUUUCUGAUACGAUGGUCGCAGUUAGAAAGUGGCAUUCUUGUGAUGGAUUGCAAUUUGUGCCUGAUUUCUUUUAAGCUGCAAUUAAACUGGGGGAAAAUCAGGCCCAGAGUGUAAAGUAAAGAGUAUUUUCUUUCUAUGAAAGAUAAAUAAUUGAAGCUUUGAUUUCAAAUCUGUUACAUUUUGUUAUAAUUAUUACAACUAUCUCUCAACCACUGCAAUGAAUUACAAUGUUACUGUAAGUGAAAUAAUGCUACAUCAUGCAAAUAAACAACUCCAUAAAAGCAGAA